CCAGGCCCCUCAAUGACAGUGCCCAGGACAUGGGUCCCCUCACCCCCACCCGACCUAGUGCCACCUCCCAAGAGAGGGGCUCCCAGGGACCCCAAGAAUGGGCUCUCUGGCUUCUCUCCAAGCGCCUCAGAGCUGCGGCCCCCUCUUCUUCAGACUCAGAGAUUGGGCCCCAGGCCCCUCCGCCCUCAGACCCAGGAGCCUGGGCCCUAUGCCCCUCCUCCCUCAUGCUAAGGAGUCCUGGUCCCCAAACUCCUUUUCCCCAGGACCCGGGAGAUCAGGCCCCCAGCUCUCUCCUCCCUCAGAUCCAGGAGUGCAGACCCUCAGUCCCCUCCUCCCCCAGGCCGGGCGUGGGGGCCCCCAGCCCUGCAAAUCCACGCGUCCCCCUGGCCGCUGGUCAGACACUGACCCCAUCCUUGAACCCAGCCCAGUCUGCAGCCGUGAUCACGGCGUGCUCUGGCCAGGGCCCAGUCCCUGCAGCCUCCCUGGAUGGGCGCCUGGAACUGGGGGGACCAGGGCUAGGCUGGGCUCCCCUGGGUCCUGCCUCCCCGUUCGUCUCCCCACAGGUCCCGCCCCGGCCCAGGAGGUCAGCCGGGGAAUCAUUAACGAGAGGCCGUGACAUGGCGGAGAAGGACGGUGGCCGGACUGUGCCCUGCUGCUCCGGACCCAAGGUGGCAGCUCUCACUGCGGGGACCCUCCUGCUCCUGACAGGCAUCGGGGCGGCGUCCUGGGCCAUUGUGACCGUUCUGCUCAGGAGUGAUCAGGAGCCGCUGUAUCCAGUGCAGGUCAGCCCGGCAGACGAGCGGCUCACCGUGUUUGAUGAGACGGAGGGGGCCUGGCGGCUGCUCUGCUCCUCACGCUCCAACGCCAGGGUGGCGGGCCUCAGCUGCGAGGAGAUGGGCUUCCUCAGGGCUCUGAGGCACGCGGAGCUGGACGUGCGGACGGCGGGUGCCAACGGCACGUCGGGCUUCUUCUGCGUGGACGAGGGCAGGCUGCCGCAUGCCAGGAGGCUGCUUGAGGUCAUCUCCGUGUGUGACUGUCCCAGGGGCCGUUUCCUGACUGCUGUCUGCCAAGACUGUGGCCACAGGAAGCUGCCUGUAGACCGCAUUGUGGGAGGCCGGGACACCAGCCUGGGCAGGUGGCCGUGGCAAGUCAGUCUUCGCUAUGAUGGCGCGCACCUCUGCGGGGGGUCCCUGCUCUCCAGAGACUGGGUGCUGACAGCUGCCCACUGCUUCCCUGAGCGGAACCGGGUUCUAUCCCGCUGGCGCGUGUUUGCUGGCGCUGUGGCCCAGGCCUCACCCCACGGCUUGCAGCUGGGGGUGCAGGCCGUGGUCUACCACGGGGCCUAUCUCCCCUUUCGAGACCCCAGCAGUGAGGAGAACAGCAACGAUAUCGCCCUGGUCCGCCUCUCCAGCUCCCUGACCCUCACAGAGUACAUCCAGCCCGUGUGCCUCCCGGCCGCCGGCCAGGCCCUGGUGGAUGGCAAGAUCUGCACGGUGACCGGCUGGGGCAACACGCAGUACUACGGCCAACAGGCUGGGGUGCUCCAGGAGGCCCGAGUCCCCAUAAUCAGCAAUGAUGUCUGCAACGGCCCCGACUUCUAUGGGAACCAGAUCAAGCCCAAGAUGUUCUGUGCCGGCUACCCCGAGGGCGGCAUUGAUGCCUGCCAGGGCGACAGUGGUGGCCCCUUCGUGUGUGAGGACAGCAUCUCUCGGACGCCACGUUGGCGGCUGUGCGGCAUCGUGAGCUGGGGCACCGGCUGUGCCCUGGCCCGGAAGCCGGGUGUCUACACCAAAGUCAGUGACUUCCGAGAGUGGAUCUUCCAGUCCAUAAAGGUGACAGUCGGGCUCAGACUCACUCCGAAGCCAGCGGCAUGGUGACCCAGCUCUGACCUGUGGCUGCUCCUCGCUGCGCGCGCCUCCAGGGCCCAGAUUGAUCCAGCUGGCUCCAGCCCCACAAGGUGGGGUCCACCCUGGGCCUGGGAUGGAACAUUUUUCUUCUUGGGCCCAGCCCACAGGCCCAAGGAUACCCUCCCUCCGGGGUCAUUUCUUCCACAGUGGCGGGCCCACUCAGCCCUGGGACCACCCGAACCUCACCCUGCUGACCCCCAUGUAAAUAUUGUUCUGCCAUCUGGGGAUCCCCAUCUCAGUGCCCCCUGGUGACAGGAUGCUCUUUAAAUAAUAAAGAUGGUUUUGAUUAAUGUG